AUGAACAUUUUAAUUAAGAAAAUAUCACUUAAAUGACAAAUAAAAAUUAAAUUAUCCUUUUGUCAAUGUCGAAGAUGGCAUAAUUUACCACAGAAUAAAAACAACAUUUAUCAACGAUUAUACGCUGCCACAUAUCGAUCAUUAUCAUCAUUAUUACCUCCACUUUGUUCUCAAGUUUUAUUUAAUGAUAGUAAUAUACAAUCACAAUAUAUAUCUCCAAAAGGUUUAUCUGAUCGUGUUAUACCGAUUGGAACAUUUCCAAGCGCAAUUUUAGCUCUUGAAACACAAAUACCUUAUGGUUCAUAUGAUAGAGCUGAUCAAGGAAAUGUUAUUUGCCGUUUUGUUCAUACAUAUUUUGUACCUUUAUUACCAUCUAUACAUUGUCCACAUGUGGGUCCAACUGGAGGAGGAGCAUGUACUGAUAAAACAAUCGACUUUUAUUAUAAUCAAACAAAUUUUCUGGCUUGUGCUCAUAAACAAUAA